AUGAAAGGGAUGAAUGUGACCGAGGGAAGCGAUGAAAGUGUAUGUGAAGGCUUAAGUCAUUUUAUUGUAUUUGCAAGUCGUAAUUUUCGUUCUUUAUAUCUUGCACCGACUUUUCCUUUCGUAACUACCUUUGAUUCUUCCUUGCUUCACUGUUUCAUUUACUUAAUUGCUACGCUCUCUGCUAGCUUUCUCAUUCGUUCCUCACUCGUUGCUUCACUCCUUCCUUACUUUCGUAUAUUAUGUCGCUUCGCUUUGAGUUUCAGAAGCUCUGCCUUUUGCUUCAUUACAACCUCGCAGAGUUUACGUGCGGAGAAGCUGACGGUGGCCCAGCAGGCCUUUCGGGCUUUUCCACCUCUCGCCCGCCUACGACCUCAGCCAGUCGCCCGUCUCCUGCCCUUACUACCGGUGGCUCCUAGAACCUUGACCCAGUUCUCGGACUACCCGGAUGAAUCUACCGUCUUCGUCCACCUAGAAGACCCUGGGCCAGCUCUCCUGCAACCUCCACGCAGCUUCCCACGUCUACUCGUGACUGUGAAGUCCUUACCGGCUGUCAUACUCACUUCCACUGCCUCACCGACGGAGCCGAGUUCCAGCCGGCAACUCUACUACGACUUCCUCACCGUCUACAUCGAGAUUAAGCUGCUCUACAUAACUGCCGUGUCUACUCGUGGCUGUGAAGUCCUUGCUGGCUGUCAUACUACCUCCACUGCCUCACCGACGGAGCCGAGUUCCAGCCGACAACUCUACUACUUCACCGCCGGCUACCUCGAGGUUGAGCUGUUCAAGGCUGUACAUCUUCAUUACUGUAGCUUCUCUUGCAAGUAUACGUAUUUGAAAACCCAGUCAAGUGUUUGUGAUCCUCUUUGGUCCAUGUGGAUGGAGUAUUCCAGAACUUGUUCAGAUGUCUGUCUAUGA